GCCUUACCAUUUUCACAUCACAUUCUGUCGUACGAUUUUGCACCCACCGGGAUUAUAUCUCAUCUGUACUUUGGUAUAUGGAUAUAAAGCCUUUAAUUCAACCGUAUCACCAGAAUGCGGCGCUAGUGUCACUCACCGCAUAAACAGGACUUUGUGGCAGAUGCUCUGAAAUACCGAGAUGGCAAAAAAUCAAUGACUUCUUUAGCACACUCUGGGCUGAGGACGGUGAAGUUGAUCAAGUAGUGAAUGUGGCAAGUGAUAUCAUUAACUA